CUGAGAAUGGUGCAAAAUACCUUGACGUAUUCCAUCGUGAAGAAAUAUAAAAAUUUCACUAUAGAAGAGAGGGCUCUUGCUUAGAAGAAUAAAAUAAUCUUGUUCCAUGUUUCUUAUUUCCUUCACCAUGUUGCCAUGAAACCAGAUGAAUUCUCCCAUGGUGUUACGGAGCAGUGGAGCAAAUAUCGAGAAAUCACAAUUUCUCCAUGGUGACAUUAUACUUCGAUUUAUUUACAGUGUUCAUUGACGUUUGAUCAGCUGUUAUAGUGUCAUCUAAUUGUGAGCUUAGACGUUCUACUGCAGAUGUCAUGCAAGCUUCCGAUUUGACGACACCGCCACAGCGUAUUUACUACAACAGACUAUGUUUAAAUUGAAGUAUUCCAUCAUGAACGGUCUUUGAAAGAAAUUGUAUCAAAGAAUUUACAAGGGGAAACACGCACACAUCUGACCGUCACUGACGGUGACGUUUAACCACGUUUAACUGGUCAGGUUGAACGUAUUUGUGGUCGUAAUUAAAAUGCAUGAGGCUCAUUAAUGUUGUAACGUUAGUGCACAACAGUUUUUUUUGGAAAUAAAAUAUACCAUGGCAACUUCUGACAGUGAAGAUUUUGAAAGUGCUGAUGAAGAUUGGGAAGAAGGAACAGAUUCUGUUAAAGAAAACUUAAAACAAGAUUCUACUUCAAUUAAAGCAGCUCUGAAUUCCAAAUCUCCUUCUGUCAAUAUAACAGAAGAGCCAUCUUCAGAGAAAAUCAUUUCAAAAGUUCAAGAAAAUUUAAUACAAAAACCUCUGGAAAAGAAGGUAAUUAUUCAAGAAACUAAAUUGGAGACUAGAGCAAUUCAUACUGAAUCAACAGAAGAGGAACAUGUGAUUAAGAAUUUGAAACAGGUGUCUCUUGCUGAAGGAGAUAAUAAUUCUGUAAAGGUUGAUAAUAAAAAAAUAUCCAGUAAUGGUGACAGUGACAAAGAAACAAAACAAUCUGAUCCUUAUGUUAUGGGAGAUCAUAGUCCAGUUGUUAAAUGUGCAAGUAGUAAACCAUUACCUAAUGAGGAUGUAGUCCAGGAAGUAAAGCAUUCUGAAACUCUUGUCAAGACAGACAGCAAAUAUUCAGAAGUAGGACAAGAUAUAAAGUUUAAGUCAAAAAAAUGUGAAACCGAUUCAAAUGUAGUAACAGCUGAUUCUGUUCUUGAAGGAGAAACUGAUGGUUGGGAAUGUGAAGAUGAAGAUUUAAUUGAUGAUCUUAUUGCGGAGAGCAGUAGCGAUAUUAAAAUGGAUUCUGUUCAAUCUGACUCAGUUGCAAAAGAAAAAAUUUCUGAUGGAGGCAAGAGAGAUAGUGACAGCAAUAUCCAGAUGGAUGCUGUUCUCAAUAAACUGUCCGAUUCAGUAGAAAAUAAAAAAUCGGUUUCUGAUGGAGGUGGCAGCUGGGCUGGUUGGGGAAGUUGGGGUGUUACGUCUCUGUUGUCAACAGCUACAGAAAGUGUAAGCACUCUAACGAACCAAGUGUCACAAGGUUUAAGUACUGUACUUGAAACUGGUCUUGGUGUGCCAGAUCCAGAAGAAUUAGCCAAACAACAAAUUGAAGAAGAAAAAAAACUGUUAGUUGCUGACAAAGAGAGGAGUGAAUUGGAGGAGGAAGAAAAGAGAGAAGAAGAAAGCAGUGGCUUAUUUGGUUUUGGACGUGUUAUAUCAGGAGUGUCUAAGCUGGUUGAGACUGCUAGUACUAAAGUUGUGUCAGGCGGUUUGGAUACUUUGGAAACCAUAGGGAAGAAAACAAUGGAAGUUCUUCAAGAAGGAGAUCCAGGCCUAAGGAAGAAGAGAGCCAUCUUUUCUGAUAAAGUUGUUUUAUCUCAGAUUUUGAGAGAAGCAAAAGAUAAAGCAGAACUGGAAGACAAAGCCAUGAGAAAUACAGAAGAGGCACGAAAAGUUCAUUUUGAAACAUUAUUUGAUGAUUACCAUGGGUUGGUUCAUUUGGAGGCUUUAGAGAUGCUAUCUAAACAAUGCAACAUCAAACUACAGUCAGUUUUAAUAAAUACACCAUCUUCGGAUGUUGCUGAUCUUCAAGAAUCAAUUGCAGAAAUAAAAGAUCUUUGUCAACUGCCUGAUGAGGAAGAUGCAGAGGGAGCAAGUUUUGAAACUUUAGAAGUGAAGUUGGCUGACAUUGGCAAAGGGUUAGGAGUACCUGUUGCUAACCAGAAGCUUAUUAAAACUUGGCAAGAGAUAGACCAGUGGCUUCAGGAGUGCAGAAAUAAACAACGAUCUGCCAAGGAAGAGACUGUUGAAAAUGCUGAGUAUUCUGCUCCAUCUGCUCAAGAGAUUCAUCAAAAGGCUAUUGGGACUUUAGCUAGGCUGACAGCAGAGGCAGUUGAACAAUUUCACAAAACUGCUGAAUUACUGCUGGUGUAUGAGAAACGUAAUCCUUGUGAGGAAGCAAAGAUUUUACUUGAAAUGACAUCUGUUUUCUCAUUACAAGUUAGUACGUCUGCCACGGUAUUUUCUGAAAAUUUGAAUACAUGCUCAGAAUAUGCAGAGAAAAGUGAAAUUGUUAAUUCUCACAUUACUAAUGUGUUUUUAGAGGCUGCAAAUAGUAGCUCAUACAUUCAAGAAGCUUUCCAGCUACUGAUACCGGUUUUACAAGUCGGAGCUGUUUUACCCUAAUUUACAUAUUGUCACAUAAAGAGUUAAUGUUUUCUUCAUCAUGGCAUGCACUCUAAGGAAAUAAUUAUAUAUUACAGCAGGAAAUGGUCUUCAGCUUUUUUUGAAACCAUUGAUUAAGAAGAAAGAAUCUGAAAAAUAAAUGAAAAAAUGAAAUGAUUCCAGUGAAAAGCAAUUCAAGUUAUCAUUCCAUCCAAGGGUGUUCUUUUUCUGUGGAGUGGUUUUGAUUGCAGCGCAUAAGAUGUAGAAUGUAAUCUGUGAUUGAGUACGGCAGCCAAAGGAAUUUUCAAUAAUUUUUCUUAGUGCUAACAAUUUUUGUGUUCUAAUUACAUUUAUAUUUUCAUUUGCUAAGAAAAUUAAAUUUUAUAAUUCUUGGAAUUAUUAGUAAUAAUGUAAAUAACAGUUAUCUUUCAAUUGUAUGAGCAAAUUAUUUAAAAAAAUUAAGAAUCAUAUAUUCUAUUUCUUCCCAAGACAUUUUUUAUGAAUUGUCUACCCUAAAGAUUUCUUAAUAUUAAUGUUUGUUUAUAUGUUGCAUAUAUUUUAUCUAAUUCUCCCUUAAUAUAUCAUUUUAUUCAAGAUUAUAAUUUUAUUGUAUUUGUAUAGUACUAAGACAGGACUUGAUUUGACAAAAAGUUGAUUUACAAGCAAAUUUCAUUAUUUAUUUAAUUUUUUGUUGUUGAUAUUUUAAUUAUCCAGUGAAAUUUUGCAGUGUCCGGAUGAAAAGGAAUUAAGUUGCGAAACACUUUAAAGGACUUGUCACAUUAUUAUAAAUAAAAUCUUUAAUUUUGGUGAACCCUUGACCUUUGAAAAGCUUCUCCUGAAAAAUCAAGUUUUAUGACAUUGGGCUCUGCCUUAGUAUCACAGAUUUCUUCUUUCUGCUUUUUAAAAUUUCUGAUAAUGUUUUGGCAUUUUUCUUUCCUUUUACGAUUAAACUUAUGAUUAUGUUAUACUUUUGUAUUAUGAGAUGUAGGAAAGGAGCUGUUUACUUUUGGAUGGAGCUUCCUAUUAAAUGUUCAAAGAAUCAAAUUGCUGAGAAUUUGUGAUACUGUAAAACUUGUUGGAUUAUUGUAAGAACUAAUGUUUAUAACCUUGUACAUAUGUAUUAAAGUUGGGAUCAUAUUUAUGUUUUGUGAUGUUCUUCACCUUUUACAUAGCAAUUAAUGUAUUUAAAUGUUACUUGCAAAUGUGUGUGUCUAAAACAAGAGGAGGGGGUCAUAUUCCUGGACCACCUAUACCAACAAACCUUUUUAUUCAUAUAUGACUUAUUUUAUUAGUAAAUAUAUAAAACAUACUAGAAGGAAAAUUAAAUUAUCUUUUUUUUUGACAAAAUUUAAAAAUGCAAUUGAUUCAAUUCAAUUAUUUACAUGGUUGUCAGAUGGCAUGGAGAGCUUCUUCCUUGAAUGUCAUGUCACAAUCCCCUGCAUUGUCAGGUUAAAAAUGAGGAAAAUCAGGGAUUGAACAUAUUUACCAAAAUCAAAUGGUUUGUUACAAAAGGCUGUGAACCUCCUCUGAAGAGGGGCCAUGCCCACCCCUAUGCUCAUACCUAUGGUAACUUGGGACUUGAGGAACAAAUUGUGUUCUGGAAUACUUUGGGAAAUUAUACAUUUUUUCACCCUUCAUUCAAUGGAUUAUCUGAGAUAUUACAUUAGUUUUAAUACAACAGAGAGUGGUCACAAAGUAUUGUGAAACAAGAAUAAGACUAAUAAUUAUAGCAAGUGGAGCAGUGCAGUAUAUAAGGAAGCAUUUGCAAUAGGGAGUUUUAAUAAUUGAAGUUCAUUCUGCAGAUUGUAAUGUAGCAAAGGAAUAGUUAUUUUGAUCUAUCUGAGAAAUGAACCAUCAAAAAUGUGCAUUAAAAUGAUUUUUCUUUCUUGUUUUGUGAAUAAUAUUAAAUGGUGCUUAGUUAAUUAGAAACAUGUUAUACAUCUGCAGUUUCAAAUAUUUAAUUUGUUAUGAUCUUUUCAGGCUCAAAAUAAAGACUAUGGAUCAUAAUAAUUUUUAAAUGGAAAAUAUUCAGUUAUUUAUGCCCCAAGGGCAUUAUGAGGGUUUUAAUGAUUGUGUGGUGACAAAGUGUUCAAGGGCUUUUUGUCUUCCGAGAUCAUUAAAACCAGUUAUUUCCGGUACAUAUGUAAUUUUAUUUUUUACUUAGUUUUAUUGAAUUAGG